UGUUUACUACCUUCUCUGACUUUUCUUCUUGUGUGAUGUAUGAAAUGUCAAUUAUAUAUUUCUGAAUUUACUGAAAACUGAAUUUUACAUAAAUAAGUUUGAAUAAAUGUAUAUUCAAUAAAACUCUUAUUCAUAUGAACAUUCAAGUGAAUUCCUAAAUAGUAUAAUUUCCAGUUUAUAAAAGUGCUUGGAAUAAAGCAAGAAAACAACUUUGCAACUUUAAGAAUGUCACUUGCUGCAAUAUCUUGGAACUGUUGGAAGUCAUUUCCACGCGUCCCCAUCAGGCGAGAUUUCUUACAUCUGAACUCUAAACCUGAACACAAAUUUGAUGUGAUUGUUGUUGGUGGCGGUCAUGCAGGAACAGAAGCCUGUAGUGCUGCAGCCCGAAUGGGUUGUCAUACUCUGCUCAUAACUCACAAGAAAGAAACAGUAGGUGAAAUGUCAUGUAAUCCUUCAUUUGGUGGUAUAGGAAAAGGCCAGCUCAUGAGAGAAGUGGAUGCACUUGAUGGAAUAUGUGGCCGAAUGUGUGACUUAUCAGGAAUUCAGUAUAAGGUUCUAAACAAGAGAAAAGGACCAGCUGUUUGGGGACCACGUGCACAGAUUGACAGACUUUUGUAUAAGCAACAUGUACAGCAGGAGUUAUUCAGAAAUACUCAAAACUUGGAAGUGAUGGUUGCAUCUGUAGAGGAUCUGAUUGUGGAGGAGGCAAUGUGUGUUCAGAGUGACCAGACUAUCAGGCAGUGCAGUGGGGUUGUGUUAAGUGAUGGUACCAAAGUUGGUGGUAAAACUGUCAUACUUACUACAGGGACAUUUCUGAAGGGUCAAAUAAAUAUUGGUUUAGAUGUUCGACCUGCUGGACGGAUAGGGGAUGCCCCAGCCAUUGGAUUAGCUAACACGUUAGAAAGCUUGAACUUCCGAAUGGGACGACUCAAGACAGGUACACCACCUCGGCUAGAUGGUCGCAACAUUGACUACAGUGUCUGUGUCGUCCAAGAAGGUGAUGAUCCACCCAUUCCAUUUUCAUUCAUGAAUGAUGAAGUCUGGAUUAAGGCAGAAGAUCAGCUGAAGUGUCACCUCACAUUUUCAAAUUCAUCUGUUCGGAAACUCAUCUUAGAUAAUCUUCAUCUGAACAGACAUGUUACAGAAGGGAUUACAGGUCCCAGGUACUGCCCAUCCAUUGAGUCUAAAGCACUGAGGUUUGGAGAUAAGGAUCAUCAGAUCUGGUUAGAACCAGAAGGCUUUACAAGUGAUGUAGUUUAUCCCAAUGGCCUGUCAUGUACUCUUCCAGAGGAAUUACAAGUUGAAAUGAUCAGACAGAUUAAAGGUUUAGAGAACACUACAGUUCUUAGGCCAGGUUAUGGAGUGGAAUAUGAUUACGUGGAUCCACGGGAACUGAAUCCCACGUUGGAGACACAGCGAAUCGGCUGCCUGUUCUUUGCAGGGCAAAUCAAUGGCACUACAGGAUAUGAAGAGGCAGCAGCUCAAGGGAUUGUAGCUGGAAUUAAUGCUGCUGCAAAGGUACAAGGCAAACCAGAAUUUCAUAUUGGACGAACAGAAGGCUACAUAGGCGUUCUUAUCGAUGAUCUGACCACGCAAGGAACAAAUGAACCAUACAGAAUGUUUACAAGUAGAGCAGAAUUUAGGCUUUUUCUGAGACCCGAUAAUGCAGAUCUUCGACUCACUGGUAAAGGUUUUGAAAUAGGCUGUGUAUCUUCAGAGAGAUACCAUAAGAUGUGCAAAAUGGAAAGGAAUAUUGCAGAUGGAAUUCAACUCCUGAAAUCUAUUGUUAAACCUGCGACACACUGGAGAGAGUUGCUGCGCAUGCCUACGUCAAAAGCGACACUAUUAAAAAGUGCAUUUGAAAUGCUGACAAUCAACCACGAUGAAAUUACGGUGGAAAAACUGACUGAGGCACUUCCUGAUGUAUUCACUGAGCUGGCAGAUGACAGAAAUCUGAACCAUCGCUUGAAAGUUGAGGCACUGUAUGAGGCAGCAUUAGUUGAGCAGCAGGAAGAGAUGACAGAAGUGAAGCGAGACGAGGCUCUCAGAAUACCGAGCCACAUCGACUACACAGUGAAAUCCUUGUGUUUGUCUUUUGAAGAACAAGAGAAACUCGCAGCUGUUCGUCCACAAACAAUAGCAGCUGCAAGUCGUAUUCCAGGUGUGACACCCUCGACUCUGCUGAGACUGCUGCGGCAUGUCAAGUACCAGCAAGUUCGAGAAACAGCGGUGUAGUCAGUUUUGCACUUGAACUAAUUUAUGCAAAUGGCAACACUACAUGUUAAUAUAAAAUAAUAAGCCAUGAUGUUCAAAGACAAAAAAAUGAAUUUGGUUAAUAAACAAUGAUAAGUACUGUUAUCAUA